CUAAACCAUUGAAACAUACAUUUACAAGUUUAGGUUGUAGAAUAAUGGUCAUUAUACCUUUCGAUAUGUACACUUGAUGAAAGAAUUUGAAUUUGAAGAUUUUAUGAAUCUGGGUUCAAGCUAUGAUAAGAAAGCUCAUGAAAUUGAUGAAGGGGAUAAUGGGUCGGUAGAUGAGGUUGAGGUUAUUGUGCCACAGUGUGGAAUGAUUUUUGAUACUGCUGAUGAAGCUUACAAUUUUUACAAUGGAUAUGCGAGAAAAAUCAAUUUUAGUGUUAGGAAGCAGAGGACAAACAAAAGUAAGGCUGAACAAAAUAAAAUUUUGCGACAAGUACUUGUUUGUUCAUGUGAAGGGACAUACAAAAAAAUCAGGACUCCUAGGAAAAGAAGAGAAAAUCGACGAUUUGAUUGCAAGACAUUGCUUGAGUUUAAACUGAUUGGGGAUAAGUAUCAUGUAAUCCAGUUCAUGUCUGAUCAUACCCAUGAUCUUGUACCACCUCAGUUUGCCCAUUAUUUGAGAUCUCAAAGGAGAAUCGAGUUUUCCCAAGUUGGAUUACUAGAGCUUGAAGCGAAAGUUGAAUCAUGGAUAAGUUCUAGGUGUGAGAAUCAUAACGUUGCAUCCCAAGCCCAAAAUAGUUCAACCUUAAAUGUGGAUGACGAGGCACCGUUGCGAGAUCCAACAAAGAGACAACGUCGAGGUCAAGGUAACAAAAGAAAGAGAGGUUCAUUAGAAGAUAAACUGCCAAAGAAGAAGACUCCAUGUAAAAGAAAGGGUAGCAAAGGGGAGGACUCCACAACCAAAUCAAUGACUAGAUCUAAACCAUUAAAGGAGGUUGAAGAAGAUGAAAAUGCACAUGAUACUACUUCAACUCAAGGCCUACAUGUGGAGCAACCAAAUAUGGCAGCUAACGUUGGCAUGAAUGCAUUGCAAGUACCCAAUGUUGCUGGGUGUUUAUGA